UCGCGCUGCCUAGGAGACGGGACGCGGGGCCGUCGGCUGACAGGGCCGGGCUGGCCGCGCCCACUCGGUCGCCAUGGAGCUUCCCCCAGGGCCUCGCGACGAUCCCCGCGCCUGGGACGAUGACUCGGACCCGGAGCCGGAGCCCGACCCCGACGCGCAGGCCGAGGCUUACGUGGCCCGCGUGCUCAGUCCGCCGAAAGUCGGGCAGGCGCUCCCGCGCGCGCCUUUGCUGUCGGCUCCGGUCGCGUCCCCUGGCGCCCUGGAGCCGCGGGCGGCGUCCAAGGGUCCGCCCGUGGGCGUCCCGGGCCUGCUGAGCCUUCCUCCGGAGCUGCUGCUCGAGAUCUGCGCCUACCUAGACGCGCGUCUGGUGCUCCACGUCCUGCCGCGCGUGUGCCACACGCUGCGCGACCUCGUGCGUGACCAUGUCACCUGGAGACUACGCGCGCAGCGCCGCGUACGCGCGCCCUACCCAGUGGUGGAAGAGGAGGACUUUGACUGGCCGACGGCCUGCAUUGAGCUGGAGCAACACCUGUCGCGCUGGGCCGAGGACGGGCGCUGGGCUGAGUACUUCUGCCUGGCCGACGGACACUUUGCUUCCAUCGACUCCGUGCUGCUGCUCCAGGGUGGGACGCUUUGUCUGUCAGGCUCCCGAGAUCGCAACGUCAACCUGUGGGACCUGCGGCAGCUCGGGGUGGAGCCCAGCCGAGUUCUAGUCAAGGCCCUGGGCACCCAGAAGAACAGCACCCACAAGGGGGAUGAUCGCAGGUCUGGUCCGCAGGGCUGGGUGUGGUCGCUGGCAGCGCUGGACCACCGCGUGUGCUCCGGUUCCUGGGACAGCACGGUGAAGCUCUGGGACAUGGCGGCAGACGGGCAGCAGUUUGGCGAGAUAAAGGGCAAGGCGGCCGUGCUGUGUUUGUCCUACCGGCCUGACAUCCUGGUGACUGGCACCUAUGACAAGAAGGUGACCGUCUACGACCCCAGAGCGGGCCCGGCGCUGCUGAAGAGCAGGCGGCUGCACUCCAGCGCGGUGCUGGCGCUGCUGGCAGACGACCGUCACAUCAUCUCAGGCAGCGAGGACCACACACUCGUGGUGUUCGACCGCCGGGCCAACAGCGUCCUGCAGCGACUGCAGGUGCGCCCUCCCCUGCGGCCGGGAGGGACGGGGGCUGCGGCCUGGCCUGGCCUGAGCUGCCGUGUCCCGCGUCCCUCCCACAGCUGGAUUCCUACCUGCUCUGCAUGUCCUACCGGGAGCCCCAGCUCUGGGCUGGUGACAACCAGGGCCUGCUGCACGUCUUCGCCAACCACAGUGGCUGCUUCCAACUCGUCCGGGUCUGCCGGGGCUCUUGCCCCUUGCCCAACCGUCCCUGGGCCUCCUCCCUACCUCUCGACCCCUGGGUGGUUGUCGGGCUGGCGUUGGGAGAGCCCUUACCUGAGUGUCACCUGUUCCUCUUUUCUGCAGUCCUUUGACGUGGGCCACAGGUCUCAGAUCACAGGCAUCAAACACUCACUGGGGGCCUUGUACACCACGUCCACCGACAAGACCAUCCGGGUGCACGUGCCCACGGAUCCACCGAGGACCAUCUGCACCCGAAGCCACAACAAUGUGCUAAACGGGAUUUGUGCCGAGGGCAACCUGGUGGUAGCUGCCUCUGGGGGUCUAUCGCUGGAGGUCUGGCGGCUGCAGGCCUGAGCAGGCGGACGUGGAUGUGGAUGUGGGUCUGCCGGCCCGCAGGCUGGGCCAGGGCUUCUGUUCUCGGGGGACCUUCCCCCACGCCGGUGCCGCCUCCGCCCUGUCCCAACGGCCUGGGGCCCAAGGAGUCCGGGCCACGGU